GUCAGCUAUAGUAGGCAGACCUCCGUGACAAUUCUUCCGAAACUGUUGAAACUUGUCAUCUCACAACCGCGUGGGGUGAUUUUCUUUAACCAAACCAUUGGACUGUAUGUGUAGUUGCUUUGUGCAUGUGCAAAACCAGAGCCCCGCGGUUAUAAAGUCCUAGGUUUUCUGUUUUAAGUUUUAUGUAGCUAUUUUUUUUAAAUCGGACGCUCACGGCGGACCAGCAGAAAAGCACCUUUGUAGCGCACAUCCUGUCUGCCCCGCAUGGGACCAGGCGCGCACACUGUGGAUUUCAGUGUCUCCAACUCAGCGAAAAUGGGAGCCCGCUUUCUGAUCUGCUUCUGUGUGAUUUUACCUUUGUGUGUGACCGAAAAAGCUAAAGAGAAGGCAGCUCGACAGAGGGAAGCCGAGUUCUCGGAUAAGUACAACACGUGUAUGCAGGGUCCCCCUGGUAUGCAGGGCAGGGAUGGUAAUCCAGGGAUUAAUGGCAUUCCGGGCACUCCUGGGAUCCCAGGCCGGGAUGGAAUGAAGGGGGAAAAGGGAGAGUGUGUGACUGAGAGGUUUGAGGAACCAUGGAGACCCAACUAUAAACAGUGUGCCUGGAGCUCUCUUAACUAUGGCAUUGACCUGGGAAAAAUAGCUGAGUGCACGUUCACCAAGAUGCGCUCAGACAGCGCCCUGCGGGUGCUCUUCAUCGGCUCACUCAGGCUCAAGUGCAAGACGGCCUGCUGCCAGCGUUGGUACUUCACCUUCAAUGGGGCAGAAUGCACGGGGCCUCUGCCCGUUGAGGCCAUCAUCUACCUGGACCAGGGCAGCCCUGAGCUUAACUCCACCAUCAACAUUCACAGGACGUCCACAGUGGAGGGUCUGUGUGAGGGCAUUCCUGCUGGCCUGGUGGAUGUGGGGAUUUGGGUGGGCACCUGUGCCGACUACCCACGGGGCGAUGCUUCCACCGGCUGGAACUCCGUAUCCAGGGUGAUCAUCGAAGAGCUUCCCAAAUGAUCCUCGCGAUCCCAUUUCCCCCCCAUUCACCACUAUUGUUAUGGUUGCUGUGGCGACACCAGGCUGAAUGAGAAACAUGGAUCUUCAGUCAGAAUACUCUGGUUCAGUUCAUUAAAUUUAGGAUGCACAGAGUUCAAUGCAAAAAGUCACAACUACUGUACAAUGAGCCUCCUGUUAGUUAGUGCCUGAGUGAACGAAGUUUCGUUUAUUUUUCUUCCAAGAUAAAUACUGUAAUGGCGAUUCCAUUAUGUAUUUAAAUACUGCCAUGUCUAUUCCAUUUUGUAUCUAAAUACUAUCAUACCAAUACCAUUAUGCAUUUCAGUGAACUGUUGGUAAAAUUGUGACUUUGUUCACACUGCUGGUUAUCCUGUGCAUAUUUUUAAGUAAGGCCCAUUGCUUGUGUGUUAUGUUUAUAUGUUCAUCUUAUUAAAAUCAGUUACCAUUUUUAAACUUUAAA